UUUUUCAACGCACCCGCCAUUUUGUGUAGAAAGCAGCCUUGUGCUGCAUGGUUAGUGCGUGUGGUGCUUAGCUACUUGAAGAACGUGGUGUUGAUCGGUCUUGUUUAGUUAUUGUGGUUAUGAGAGAUUACAUGAUAAAUACAGUAAACGAUAUUAUUUUGGUAUCGGGAAAAGUCGUACGCUUGCUGACUGUCUAAAACUUUGCAGAUUUAGCUAGUUAAUUCGUUAGCUUUAUCUCAAACAAAAUGAGUUACGGUAGGCCUCCGCCCGAUGUCGAGGGCAUGACUUCACUGAAAGUAGAUAACCUGACAUACCGAACAUCGCCUGAGACUUUGCGGCGUGUGUUUGAGAAGUACGGGCGGGUUGGAGACGUGUACAUCCCCCGAGAUCGUUAUACAAAGGAGAGCCGAGGAUUCGCCUUUGUGCGGUUCCACGACAAAAGGGACGCGGAAGAUGCGAUGGACGCCAUGGAUGGGGCCGUGCUGGAUGGUCGUGAGUUACGGGUACAGAUGGCCCGUUACGGCAGGCCUCCGGAUUCGCAUUACGGUCGUCGUGGGGGACCACCUCGGAGGUAUGGGGGGUAUGGACGCCGAAGUAGAAGUUACUCCCCCAGCCCGCGGCGCCGGAGGCGGAGCCGAUCCAGGAGCAGGAGUCGCUCUCGUUCUCGCAGCCGCUCCCGAUACAGCCGUUCCAGGUCCCGCUCCUACUCCAGAUCCCGUUCCCACUCCAAGUCCCGCACGCCCCGUAGAAGCAAGACCAAGUCGAAGUCUCCGUCCCGGUCCCGGUCCAGAUCCAAGUCCAAAACCAAGUCGAAGUCUAAAUCCAAGUCCAGGUCCAGGAGCCGUACACCGCCCUCCAACAGAGGCUCCAAGUCUCGGUCAAGAUCCAAGAGCCAGCCGAAGUCUGCACCAGAGGAUGGAACCACAUCACCUUGAGUGAAGACUGCUGAUUCCUGUUUGCAAAAGUGGAGUUUGGGGCAGUUUGAGCAGGUAGAGGGGGUGUGACCCGCACAUGGCCGCCUGCUGCAGUUGGGGGCGCUAUGGAGCAGGUCGGUCUCUGUCAGUGUUGGGGUGGUGUUGAGGUACGUGUGCAGGAUGGUGGGCAGGUCAUGCACCCUGGCAGUUGGGGGCAUGGUCUAAAUCGGGAAAGACCCCAAGGUUUGUCUCCCCAUUUUCUUCAUCCCCUACAUGAGUACGGCCUGAGUUUUGUAUCGAUUCCCCAAAAUGUAUUAGCCGUUUCAUGUAGACCUCUGAAAUGCAGACUGGAACACUAGUAAUUCCACACACUCAUUUAGAUUGUAAUUUUCUGCCCAUGUGGAAUAUGGUACUGGCAUUUUGUAUUCUGCUCGUUUUCAGCGAGUCUGCACUGAGCUGGUGUCGCUGCCCGCCUCAGUGGUAAGCUUCCACAGCACACUGAAGUCAUGAUGUACACAGGCAUACUGCAGAGGCUAAUUCUCAGGGUGAAGACCCCUGUUCUCUGGCAGUUUUCUCACAGUCUCUCGUUUCUCUGCAGAUUGACUUCGUUGGACACCCUCUCAAACGCCCCAAAAGCGUGAGGAAUCCCCUCCCCCAUCCCAACACCAUGAUUUCUGACUAAAAGGUUAUUAUGAUUUGGUCUGAAGGUUUUUAAUUCAAUUUUAUUGCUUUUUCAGUUCACUGUACUUAAAGUUUCAUUGUUUUUCUUUUUCCUACAAUCUGUUGAAAUUCAUUUUAAGUAAUGGGCUUAACUCCGGAUGAACAAAUGGUCAUUUGUAAAGGGAUGGCAAAAGUUUUCUUUUCCUGUUUUAAUGAUGGUACCAAGGAGUUGUCAUAACUGGACAUUAUUUCAGGUAACAUGAGCUCAAAAUCUGAAGUACAGCAAAUUGAUUUAAUCCAAAAAUGGCAUGAUUCCUGGAAUGACUUUCCUGGGUCUGGCUUUGCCUGAUUGGGUGCACACUGGUGCCAUUCUGUUCAAUAAAUUUGGGUUGACUGUUUUGGCCAGUGACAUAAUCCCUACAGAAUAUCUUGCCAUGUAAUUGGAAAUGUAAUAGUAUAUCUGAGCCUCUUGUUUUUUUGUUUUUUUUGAGUAAGCCACGACCCUUUGAUUUAAUUUGCUUGCUUCUGAUUUGUAGGUUGUACUUUCCCCGCUUUUUUUCUUGUGAUUCUAAUCUUCUCUCUUGUGUAUUUUUUGUGCACUAGGCGCAGUUGUGUAGCAGUUGAGUAUUGCUGGUUAGCUGUAAGGUGGCGUGUUGCAGUGCAGAUUGCUGGGCAGUUUUCUCCUGAUAACGCCUCUGGCCACCGCGCCGUCUAAAAAUUGCUGCCACAGGUUUCCUAUGGUAAUGGUGACCCCCCCUCCCCACAUCCCCCCCCCCCCCCCAGAAUUCAUUACCCUUUCCCAAUAAUGUGGUGCACAUGGUGAAACACCCUGCAACUUUUUUAAUUUUCUUUCUCCGUUUAAAAUGUCUGUUAAACAGAACUGUUCAUUUGACUUGCUCUUACAUUUUGCGAUCCCAUUCUGUAUUUACAACCACUUUGUGAAUGCCAAUAAAUCUUUUUGCCGUAA